AUGCUUCUCCAGCCAGAGUCUCUCCAAAAGCCUCGCAAUGAUUCCCUGCCCGGGUUCAAGUUCCAUUCGUCGUGCGAUACGUGUCUUAAGGCCAAGAUCAAGUGUAGCCAAGCAAAACCGACAUGUGCUCGGUGCCUCCAGCAAGGUCGCCGAUGUGUAUAUAGUCCAUACCGCAAGAUUGGCCGGCCCUCCACCAAGAAUCUUCUUCCCCCGGACCAGAUGCAGCAACCGAUGGGAGGGACGGCGGGGGGGACGGCGGGAAGGACGGCGGGAAGGACGGCGGGAAGGACGACCCGCAGAAGCUUAUCACAACGAGUUUCUCUCCCAUCGCCAGGCAUUGAGAACGGAUCCAGGGUAGGCGAUCUCUGUCAUGCAACGAAUCAAAUCUUGCAUGCCCAGGAGUCAGUCUUGGUGCCAAGCCAGAACUGGUCCGAUCAGGAAUUAACGGGCAAUUUCAACCGUUUGGACUAUGGGCUAGAAGGAACCAACUGGCCCGCUUUGGAGGGGCUUUUAGAUGCAUCUGUGUCGAUGUUGCCCCGGGCAGACCAGGAGUUAGCCUCUGCAGCCCCCCGGUUGGACGAGGUCCACGCUCUAGAUCCUAACCCCAACCAAGACGAUCUCACGGGUUACUUGAGCCCUUCGUCAUUAAGUAGCCGAGAAUCCCUCUCCACGACGUUUCCACCGGAGACUGAAGCUGGAUCGUUCGGAAUCAGCUCGGAAUUUCCCCUUUCUGCAGAGUACUCCCUGGGGACAGGCCCCGUGCUGUCCGAAACCCUGAAUGCUUUCCCAGUCCUCUCUUCUUUUUCCUCGUCCCCCUCCUCCCCAGUCACUGAGGCUCGUGGGUUCAAUUUAUUCUCUGUACCCGGUGGCCGAUGCACGUUUCAGUGUUACCUGGUCCUGAUCAAUAUACUUGACGACAUGAAUGAAUUUCAACGAAAAAGCUCAGGCAUCCCCCUUGACGUGCUACUCAAUCUUGACAAGCGAGUGCGCAAGAUACGCGAAACGACCUUGGGCUGCCCAUGCUGUCUAAUGAGCUGUGCGGCGGGCUUGACACUGAUGUUGAUCACUAUAGUGAACAUCAACCUUCUCGGGUUGUUUGAGCAGAGCUGUGGAUCCACUGAUGGCAGUUCGGGUAGCAUGGGCUGUGGGGAGUUGAGUGGGGCCUCCAGAAUCGCCCUGGGUGGCGGAAGCCACGCCAGUCGAGAUAGGUCGCGCAACCCUUUACCGUACACAACAGGCCAUCUGACCUUGGGAAACAUCCACCUGGACGAGACGGUGAAAUUGGGUUUUUCACGAAGACUGGUUCGCCAAUACCUAGAGCGACAGCUGGGGGUGGUGCAGCAGUUGAAUCAGUUGCUGGGUACAGUAGAGGGGGACGUCGCGAGCGUUAAAGUCACGCAAGAUUUACUUAGAGAUCAGUUUCGAAGAUUAGAGCACUUUGUCGGGUUUAUCACCCUGACAGACUAG